AUGAGCUCGAGCCGCCCUCGGAAGAAGCAGUCGCUGCCCGUCGGCCCGCUGCCACCUCAAGUUGCGUGGCUCGACGGCGUCUCGAUGGACGUGACGCCGAUCACCUCGAACCCGCGGACUUCCUGUCGCCGAGUGGACUACCUGCUCACCGUCACGUGUCAGACCCGAGACUCGGCACCAUCGGCGACGUGGCACCUCGUGCGCAGCUUCGACGAGUUCCGCUUCUUCCGCAAGCGCUUGGUGGCGGCUCUGCAGCGCGGCCACUUCUGCCAGGCCGAGUGUCCGUGGCUCUACACGUUCCUCAAGAGCUACUACCCCAAGUCGCAGCUCGUGGGCAGCUCGCUGUCCCGAGUGGUGGCCAGGCGACGGAAGACGCUCACGCGCAGCUUGGCCACGAUCCGCAGCUUCCUCCUGAACCGAACCAACCACGUCUGCCCGCUGGUCAUGCAGGGCGUCGCGCGCGAGCUGCUCGAGUUCGUGGUGGGCGAGCCGCAGGACCGACACGGUCAAGUAUCCGACUGGCUGACGCAACUGCUGCAGAGGUGGCGGGACGGAGACGUGGAGCUGCUGGAGGAUGCGGCCAGCUCGGACGAGACGGCGUCAAGCGACGAGGCUGCGGCGGACGUCUGCGCUCUGUGUGAGAACCCGCUGGUGGGGGCCAUUCCGAAGGACUGCGACGGUCCCGAGCUGGACGGUGGCGACCGGUGGUCGCAGCUAGCGGCGGCCGAGCCGUUCUCGACGCUGUCGUGCGGCCACCACUUCCACGACGAAUGCUUGAUCGACAAGCUCAACGAGGCAUUGCAGUGCCCGACAUGCGGCCACCAGGAGGCUUGGUGA